CAACAGUGAGACGCGAGAGACCAGAGAUCGGGUUUAGGAAUUUGGAGUUCGGACUUGGGAGUGGAGGAGGAGAUGGAGAAGGAGAGAGAAAGAUAUGUUUACAUGGCAAAGGUUGCAGAGCAAGCAGAGAGAUACGAUGAGAUGGUUGAAACAAUGAAGAAGGUUGCUAGAUUAGAAGUGGAACUGACACUGGAGGAGAGGAAUCUGUUGUCAGUUGGGUAUAAGAAUGUGAUUGGGGCGAGAAGGGCUUCAUGGAGGAUAUUAUCUUCGAUUGAGCAAAAGGAGGAGGCCAGAGGGAAUGAGAUAAAUGUGAAGAGGAUAAGAAAUUACAGGCAGAGGGUUGAGGAUGAGCUUUCAAGGAUCUGCAAUGACAUCUUAUCUGUUAUUGAUGAACACCUCCUUCCAUCCUCAUCAACUGGAGAAUCGAUGGUUUUCUACUAUAAGAUGAAGGGAGACUAUUGUCGAUAUUUGGCUGAAUUUAAAGCAGGGAGUAGUCGUAAAGAGGCUGCAGAUCAGUCACUUAAGGCCUAUCAAGCUGCUACUAGUACUGCUACAACAGAUCUGCCACCAACUCAUCCUAUCAGACUUGGCCUGGCCCUGAACUACUCAGUAUUUUAUUAUGAGAUAUUGAACUCCCCUGAAAGGGCAUGCCAUCUGGCUAAACAAGCAUUUGACGAUGCAAUUGCGGAACUUGAUACCCUUAACGAAGAAUCUUACAAGGACAGCACCCUUAUAAUACAGCUUCUUAGGGAUAAUCUCACACUGUGGACCUCAGAUUUGCCAGAUGAGGGAGAAAUAAUUGGGCCAGAAGGGCGAGUGAUUCUUCUGGGACUGUCAAGGGAGGAUGAAAUAAGAUAGCAGCAUUGAGACCCAUUACUAUCAGCACCAACUGGUGACUCCUGGCUUGUAUUAUGUGUAGCAGUGUGGUUUAAGAUUAUUGCCUUUUUUUUAAGACACAUUAAAUGCUCUAUGUAGUAAAGUGAAGUGGUUUGUUGGAUCAACAAUACUUAUUUAAAAUUAAAUUUAUUCUGGAUGAUAGUGAUUCUGUGAA